GGAGCGCGCGCGCCCGAGCCGAGGCUGCGCGGACGGACAUCUUGGCGGUGCGCGCGCGGGCGCGGGGAGCCUCCUGCCCGGGACGCUUCCCUUUGUGUGGCCGCGCGCGGGGAUCCUCGCGCCGCUCUCGCUGCAGCCCGCCGGGGACGACGAGAUGGCCACGCCGGCGGCGGCGAACCCUCCCGAGAUGGCGUCAGAAAUACCAGGUUCGGUGACAUUGCCGGUGGCACCUAUGGCAGCGGGUCAAGUGAGAAUGGCAGGAUCCAUGCCCGCCAGAGGAGGAAAGAGGCGCUCGGGGAUGGAAUUUGACGAUGAAGAUGGCGAAGGGCCCAGCAAAUUUUCAAGGGCGGGAGCUCCAGGAGGCCCUGGUCAGAGGAGAGAAGCGGUCGUGGCCCAGCGGGCAAGCAGAUGCGGUCCUGCAGAUUUGAGGGUCCAAGACCAGGAGAACCACAGUGAGAUAGAGAGACGCAGGAGGAACAAGAUGACCCAGUACAUCACCGAGCUGUCUGACAUGGUGCCCACCUGCAGCGCUCUGGCACGCAAACCUGACAAGCUGACCAUUCUCCGCAUGGCGGUCUCACACAUGAAGUCUAUGAGAGGCACAGGAAACAAGUCGACGGACGGGGCCUACAAGCCUUCUUUCCUGACUGAGCAGGAACUCAAACACCUUAUCCUCGAAGCCGCAGAUGGCUUCCUUUUCGUCGUCGCUGCAGAAACUGGCAGAGUCAUCUAUGUGUCCGAUUCAGUCACACCUGUUUUGAACCACCCCCAGUCCGAGUGGUUUGGCAGCACCCUCUACGAGCAGGUUCAUCCCGAUGAUGUCGAGAAACUAAGGGAGCAGCUCUGUACUUCUGAGAACUCCAUGACAGGGAGGAUUUUGGAUUUGAAGACGGGGACCGUGAAGAAAGAGGGCCAACAGUCCUCGAUGAGAAUGUGUAUGGGAUCGAGGCGUUCUUUCAUUUGCCGGAUGAGAUGUGGAAACGCCCCUUUAGAUCAUUUGCCUCUGAAUAGAAUAACCACCAUGAGGAAAAGAUACAGGAAUGGCCUCGGCCCAGUGAAAGAAGGAGAAGCGCAGUACGCGGUGGUCCACUGCACUGGCUAUAUCAAAGCUUGGCCUCCGGCAAGUAAAAUAGGAAUGACCAUUCCAGAAGAAGAUGCGGAUGUGAGUCAAGGCAGCAAAUAUUGUCUGGUGGCAAUAGGAAGGCUUCAGGUAACUAGCUCUCCAGUGUGCAUGGACAUGAAUGGGAUGUCCGUCCCCACGGAGUUUUUGUCCCGACACAACUCAGACGGCAUUAUCACCUUUGUGGAUCCAAGAUGCAUCAGCGUUAUUGGCUACCAGCCACAGGACCUUUUGGGAAAAGACAUUUUAGAAUUCUGCCAUCCAGAAGAUCAGAGUCACCUGAGAGAGAGCUUCCAACAGGUUGUUAAGCUUAAAGGUCAGGUUCUUUCCGUGAUGUAUCGUUUCCGUACCAAAAACCGGGAAUGGAUGUUAAUCCGGACCAGCAGCUUCACGUUCCAGAACCCAUAUUCGGAUGAAAUCGAGUACAUCAUCUGCACCAACACGAACGUUAAGCAGCUUCAGCAGCAGCAGGCCGAGCUUGAAGUACACCAGAGAGACGGGCUGUCAUCAUAUGACUUAUCUCAGGUACCUGUUCCAGCUAUACAGUCAAACGUCCAUGAGAGUGCGAAGCCUGUUGAGAAGCCAGACGCCAUCUUCUCCCAGGAGAGGGAUCCAAGGUUUGCCGAGAUGUUUGCUGGCAUAACAACUUCAGAUAAAAAGAUGAUGCCUUCAGCAUCCACGGUGGGAAACCAGCAGAUCUAUUCCCAAGGGAGCCCUUUCCAGCCAGGACAUUCUGGGAAAUCCUUCAGUUCCUCUGUGGUCCACGUCCCCGGUGUCAACGACAUUCAGUCCUCUUCUUCAACAGGGCAGAACCUGACGCAGAUCUCUCGCCAGCUAAACCAGAGUCAAGUGACCUGGACCGGCAGUCGCCCUCCGUUCCCAGGACAGCAACUUCCUUCACAGUCCAGCAAGACUCAGUCUUCACCCUUCGGGAUUGGAACCAGCCACACCUACCCCGCCGACCCGGCGUCUUACAGCCCCCUCUCCAGUCCGGCCACGUCUUCUCCGAGCGGAAAUGCCUAUUCCAGCCUGGCGAACAGAACUGCAGGGUUUGCCGAGAGCAGCCAAAGCAGUGGGCAGUUUCAAGGAAGGCCCUCGGAGGUCUGGUCCCAGUGGCAAAGCCAGCACCAUAACCAGCAGAACAGCGAACAGCACCCUCACCAGCAGACCAGCCAGACGGAAGUGUUCCAGGGCUGGGAUCCAACGGCAUGUCAGAAGUAUGGAAUCAAUGUCCACCAUAAGUGAUGACCUCUGGUCCGUAGCAAAGCCCCAAAUGGACUUUGCUCUUUGGGGAGCAUUGAUAAAACCUGAAUUUCUACAAGCCAGAAGUCAACAGUGAGUCAUUUCCUUGUGUCGUGACGUCAAACGGCUCUCCUUCCCAAGGCACUCUGUUUGUUUAGCUGACUUGUCUCAUAGAGGAUAUUUGUGCGUCAACUGUCCUUUUCCUUUGUGAGCAGUAUUUUUUGCACCCAGCAAUAAAUCCAGUUUCAAGAAGAAAUGGGGGAAAUCCAACACCCCUCUCCGUUACACAAGGGAUUCUCUAGUGUUUUUACCCGUUUUUAAUGUCUCUAAUAUUAAUCUGAAUAAUCAG